ACUGAAUCAGUCUAAUUUAAUUUUCAAGGUUCAUCACUAUAAAUAAAUGCUCUUGCUAAUGCCAAAGCAAAAACCUCUUGUUGAGAGUUGAAACACACCUACUACAAUUGCUAAAGUCCUUUCUUGUCAUAGCAAAAAUGAAGCUUGUCUUUGCCACCCUACUGUUAUGUUCUCUUCUUCUAAGCUCCUCUUUCUUGGAGCCAGUCAUCGCCUAUGAAGACUCGUCUUAUUGCAGCAACAAGUGUUCGGACAGAUGCUCAUCGGCAGGGGUUAAGGAUAGGUGUCUGAGGUACUGUGGAAUAUGCUGUGCUGAGUGCAAAUGUGUUCCUUCUGGGACCUAUGGGAACAAGCACCAGUGUCCUUGCUACAGGGACAAGCUCAACAAGAAGGGCAAGCCCAAAUGCCCAUGAAGUCUUGAACUCAAAGACCAAGUCACAUAGAGACUUAAGAGAAUAAGACUAGUGUUUGUGUUUACAAUUACAUCGUGAAUUCCCAAGCAUAAUGUCUGUUGGAUAUAUGUUAGAUCUGAACGGGAAUAAAUUACAUAUCUUGGAUAAUAUGACCAUCUCUUCGUCUCA